AUCGGGGAUGCAGGUGGAGCAGGGGCCACUUUGGCCUCUGGCCACGGGCGGCGGGCUCCCGUCUCCUCCCCCCUGCCAGCAGAGCCCCCCUGCCCCCCAGGCUAGCCAGAAGAUCUCCUGUUCUCUCUGGAGGUCCAAGUCCGCGUGCUCCCUGAUCAGCGACGAGCUCCAGGCUAAGCCGACAGGCCACACGCAGCUGGCCAGCCCCCCCUCAGGAGAAGCUCGCGGGGGGGUCACCCAGUACAGCUCCCUGAGGCGAGACUCCCGCGCCUCCCCCAUGACUGCCUGGAAGAGCGUCGACCGUCUGGACAACUCCAGCCCGUCCUCCAUGCUGCAGAGCCCGGAUGGGAACUGGAUCGCCCUGCAGAACUCCCAGCUGGGUCGGCCUAGCUUACUGACCAAACGCAAGAGCCUGGUGUUCAGUGCUCUCGAGAAGGAGUCCGGCGUAGCCUCAGCCUACGACGACAUGGGCUCUGACAGCGAGACCGGCCACGACCAGGCGGAUUGGGUCACCGCCCUGCAGGAGUUCCGCCGCAGGUUGUCUGAUGAGACGUAUUACACAGACUCGCAGCAUGACCCUGAAUGGACCUACUCACGGCGUCCACCUGUCACCUCCCCUUCAUCCGGUCGCUACACCAACACGGAGACCCUGAACUCAGACUCCGAGACCUCCUCCACCCCUCCUGGCCACGAAGCUCCAUCCCGGCACCGCGCUUCCCUGCUGGGGAACCUGAAGAAGAAGCCCCCUGAUCCUCAGCACCACCCAGAGCAGGGGGCCCUGGAUGUUAACCUGAACCCCCGGGCAGCAGGUGGGCUGGGCCCCGUGGACAGCAGUGAGGCGGAGGAUAGGCAGGGUGACCCAGUCAGGAAAGCACGUAGGCGCAAGAGGAGCAGGAGGGAAGCGACCGAACCAACCUUCCGGAACCCGCCAGUACAGUACUCCUCCACUGCCUCGGACUGCAGUGGUUUCCUGCCCAGCAUCCUGUGCAGACGGAGCACUGGGCAGGAUGGUCCAACUGCAGCCAGCCAACCAACCACUGUGACCUCAGAUGCUAUGGCAACAAUCCCUAGCUCUCUAAGCCACGACAUCACUUCCGGCUCCCCCAGCGCGCCUCUAGAGACGAAGUGGAAGAGCAAGCCAUGUGUUCCAGUCAGCUGUGGGGAAGACAAGAAGUCAAGCUCGUCUGAGGAGGACCUGCUGGCUCGGGAUGCAAGAGCAGGGGGGAGGUCACAGAAAAGUGAUGAAGGGGGACAGGACCACAAGGAGAAGUCUGAGAAAGUAGAAGAGUGGAAAGAGGACAGGCUACAGGAGAGAGUGGCUGUGAAAGUGGAUGAAAGACAGAAUGAGGAGGCAAUUUCAGUAUCAAGGGAGAAAGGAGCAAGUGAGAAAAAGAGGUCAGUGGAAAGGGCCAGCAAGGCAGGGAAGGAACCUGGAGAGCUUGUAAACAGUAAAACCCCAGAAGAGAGCGCCCCCUUCUGUUCGGAGGACCAACCAUCAGCAGAAGAUAGCCUCAAAGAAAGACAGGACAGCCUGGACCUCCAACAGAGGCUGCAUUUCCUCUCCUCUGUAUUACAGCAGAAGUACUCAGCUGCCUCUCUGACCAGCAUUACCACGGAGGUGCUGAAGGUGCUGAACAGCGCGGAGGAGCUGAUUGAGGAAGUGGCUGGUGAAGGCCCCGCCCCCAGCCCCGCCCCCACCACCUCGGACACCCAAUGGCUGGGCGAGCACCUCGCCAAACUGGAGGAGAACGUGUACCUGGCAGCCGGCACGGUGUACGGGCUGGAGGGAGAGCUGGGAAGCCUGGAAGACUGCGCCCGAGCCAUCCAGACCGCCACCUCCGAGAGGGAGCUGGCCCACCUGGAGGAGCAGGUGGCCAGUGCCGCCGCUCAGGUGCAGCAGUCAGAGAUGCGGGUAACUGACAUUGAGACAAGGAUCUCGGCCCUGAAGAACGCCGGCUUGAACGUUGUCCCCUGCGACCGCUUCUCCAGGUUCAAGCCAAAGCCAGAAACCAUAAGCUCUUCAAGACAAUUAAGGAGGAAGCUACCGGCCCCUCCGACGAAAGAUCAAAGCGGUUUCCCAGAGUUACGCUCCCGAGCUCCGUGGCUUUAGUGACGCCGGCUCCACCAUUGGGGGAGUUCUUCAUCCCAGUGCCUUGACAGAGCAUGUGUCCAAGUGCUGCUCCACCAACACUCCUCGGACGGACCUCCUGUACGGGAAGAGCUGUGCGUUCUCAAACAUACAUGUAUUCCAAAUCUACGGGAAAAUAUAUUUUUAUACAGGCCGAGAUGAGCUGCACAAAAAUGAAAAAAUACUUCAUUGCACACCCAUACUGACUCUCUGGCAAUGAACUUCCUUACAGUGGGAAUUAAGAAUAUGACAUAAGGUGACGAAAAUACAUCGACCUACAUAGAAACACGUUGAAAAUUGUAGCUCCAAUUUUACUCGCUUGCUUGAUCGUAUAUGUUGUGUAAUGUAUUAAUAAAUCUAAUGCACGUGAAAGUGGCAUAACAUAAUAUAUUUUUCAGACAUACACUCAAGUUUGGAAGGUGUUGAAAAGAAGUGUUUUUUUUUUCUGGGUUUUGUGUUUUGUUUCAAAAAUACUCCCAGAAAGACUCCAGAGAGCUGUCCCUUGAAUCCCACUGGGGUAGCUUGUUAGAAAACACCAUUCUCCUCUCAUUAUUUUCCCUAAAGCAAGAUUGUAUCCGUAAUUUUGGUUUUUCAUCCAUUCGACUCCAUUACACAGUUUACCUGCUGCAGGCGCGCGCGCGUCCUCCUCAGGCCACACCCACUUCCAGGUGCUUUCGCUCCAUAAUGAUUUUACUCAGUCUUGGCAAUUUCAGUUAUUGAUUUUUUUUCCCUUGCGGUGUUUAUAUUAUUUUAUGUUGCGUCCCUCCGUUUCGUUUGAAUUUGUUUACGCUGUGGUUCACAAAUCUGAUUUUCUGACUUAGACCAAGCGUCUCUGUUUCGGUUUGCUUAGCGCGGUUGUCGUUCUCCUUCUCGCCUCUAGCCUGGAUGUUUCGUCUGCUUACCUCAGCACCUCCGGCACAUUAAUAUUUUUUUAGUCUGUCAUAGUUGUGACACCAUGCGGACGUGUCACAUUUAAAUCAUUCACAGAAAGGUAUUUGCGCGGUCUAUAGGUGUGUGGUCCAAAAUCCAUCCUGAAACUUUCAGAGUGCGGUUUAUUUUCCUACAACGGCUGUAGUAAAAAAAAAAAAAGACUUUCUUUAUUUUCUACCCAGCUUUGAGUUUUUUGGUGUCUUUUUUUCCGUUGCCCUUUUUCUAUUAAAUAGGUUUUUGUCAUCGUAUGAUUCGCUUGCUGAACUCCUGUAUUUACGCACAUGCGAGAUGCCUCGCGACCUCAUUAAGGAGCAGUGCAUUGUGGGAACUCGCCUGCCGCUUGCUGGAGUGCUUUAAUGUAGUGCUGCUCCGAUUAGCCAGACCUCCAUACUGUUGGUCACCAGACAUUGAUGCUGCGGCCCUCAGCUUCAGACAGAUUUGUAGCAGCUCCUCCGGUCAGAGGCAUUGGCGUUAUUUCCAUGAAUGUGGGGCAUAUUUUUACCUCAACCUUAAUCACCCACCAUGAACAGGAACCUCUAAGAUCCACUCGUAUAUUAUAAUGAAUAUAUGAUGUCUGUAUAUAUACAGUACUGUGGAAAAGCCUGAAGUAGUCAAAGAGAAAUGCUUAAAUGAUUUUCAUAUUGGUGUAGAACUAUAAUUUAUUCUCUCAGUGUAUUGGCCAUUUCAAAACCUCUGUUAUAGGGAAGCUGGGGGUGGGGGUUGAUUCAGAUGCUUAAAAUCUGAAACACAAUUGGAUUGGUUGGGGAGCCCAUACGAUAUGCUUUCAUGGGACCCAAAAUCUUUAGCAGUGUCCCUGCUUGUAUACCCUCAUCACCGUGUUUGCUGUAACCAUCCAGUACACCCAUGUAAUUGUUUGGCUAGCAUACCAUGUUUAAUCAAUGGCUGAGCAAUAUCUCGUUAAGGUAUUCAAGUUAAUAAGUUAAGUGAGCUGGUGGUGAAAUGUGUCAGAUACAUGGAAUGGCUGGGGUGCCCCUGAGGAGAGGUUUGGGAACUGAAGUGCUGUUCAUCUAGGCAUCUUGGAAGGUAUAAGUAAUUUUGGAGGUCAGAACAUUUUUUAGUUUUUAUUGGGCUGCUACUGUUCUUUUUCCUCUUGUCUGUUAAAUUGUGCUCGUUUUGAGCAAACAUGCAUUUACUACCCAGAUAAGUAGCAUUCUAAACAUUGUCUUCGUAACCCUUUCGCACCGCGUUGCAUGUGUGUAAUAUAGGUACUGUAAGGAUUACAGUGACCUGUCUGUUGAUGUCUUUUUCCCCCCACGCCAUCUGGUACAGCUCUGUCCAUCUUGUGGAAAUCGGAGGACGGGCGCUCUUUAUUUUCAAAGUUGCAAAAAAGUGACGCUUAGAGGAGUAGAUGUUCCAACAGGAGGUACCAAGCUCAAAUCGACUUCCACCUUUAGUCACGUUACUCCAUUAAAGUGACCUUUGUCUCAUUCAUUGCAGCCCAACUCAUCUUUCUGUAUAUUUUGCAUCGUCUUUAGUCACGUUUUUUUUCCCUUUCAGGCUACAGUUCUUCUUUCUUUGCCCAGUGUAGUUAAACCAGUAGGCGUUUUCUAGUAACGGUUACUCAGUCCUGAUGGGUUACACCACUUUUUAAGUAAUGUAUUUUUGUACUAUUUGGGGUGAUCGUUGGAAUACUAGAGAUUACAGAGAACUGACUCUCGUAAGCUUCUUUUAUUUCUUCUACAGUGGAUCCUCUUAUUCAGUGGAUUUCUCUGCCUGCUAGUUGUUCUAAAGCACAUAGUAUAUAUACUAUUAGGCCGUUUAUAAUCAUUAGCACUAUUUUUUAGCUGGUAUUUUGAAGUAGGAAGCCGUAGUCAAACAUUGUGAUUUGAUUUUACUCAUACUUACCAAUAAGCUGAUUUGGGUGAUACCAUUUUUAGUUUUUCUCCCCCGCCGAAAAAAAGCUGUUGUUAGCUUCAAGUUGAUGAAAUUCUCCAAAUCUUCUGAUCUUUUCUGUAGAAACCAGCUGAUACAUUAUGAAUAUGCUUUGAACAGGUUCCCGGUGUGGGUUGCCUAUGGACUAUACUUGACAUUGUUUGUCGAUUACUGGCCUCAAGCUACCCCAUACUGUUUCCAUUUCUUACGUAUCCUCACAUUUCCCAUCGCUGUUCAUAUCAUGCGGAUCAUAUCGACUGGGGCGUUUUAUGUGAAGCAUGUUCGAAAUAACGUACAAAAUCAUACGCGAAUCACAGCUAACAGGUUGAUUAUAAUUUGAUUGUCCUGUAUUUUUCUAUUUAAAAUAACACUGUAAAUGAGCUUGGAGUCGGGCAUUGGGGAAUUGUAUACAUAUUAAAUCAUGACGUCGUCCUUGCGUGCAGUAUGUGAAAAGUUGCUGUUGUUGAAACGGAAUGAUCGCGGUGAAAUGUGCAACGCACACCGCUUUUUUCGGUCUGUAUCCGUAUGCUCAGCCGUCUGAACAGGUAAUGUACGAGAAGAAUACGAAAAAAGCCAAAUAAUAGCAUAAAAUGAAUAAAGUGGUGUUUGACAUUGUCCUCAAACUGUGUGCCAAAUUGUUCUGAUCGAAAAGUGUUAUUGUACAUUAAUAAAAACG